AUGAAGAGUCUACUCUGGUCUUCCAGGAGUAGGAAAAGCUCCAAUGCUUCUAAGACAGGUGCUAGCACAUCAAAUGCAAAUACAAAGACGGGCUCAACACAAUCUUUACCAAUGACGAAUUCUACCUCAUCGUUAUCUGGUACGCCGCCAUCAACACAUAAUCUAUCACAGUAUUUACAUAAGCAACAUCGUCAUCCGUCUCAUCACACGCACCGCACUAAAUCUCGUCACAACUCAGAAUCGAAUCUUUCCAUGGACAAUUCUGAUGAUCCAAGUACUAAGAGGAAGGGAUCUGUUGUGUCUUCUCUUUCACAUACAAGACAUAGUAGUGUCUACCCAUCUGAGCAACAUUCCAAAUCAACAAGAAGUAUAAAUUCCACUCUACGUGAAGAUUCAGCAUCUAUUCUAUCAGAGGAUAUAUCGAGUAUUCCUAGUCAUAAAUCAACGACAGAUGAAAUACAAUCUAGCUCGAAGACUAGCCAGAAUUUGAGACCCAGUUCGUUUUCACCUAUAAGAAAUUCUGUGAUUCCUGAUCUUUCUUCCCCAAUGAAUAAGAAUAUAAGCAUGACAAAUAGUUCUUUAGAUUCAGAUCCCACUUUGAAUGUCUCCACUAAAAACGUUGUUCAUUUGAAUAGUGAAAAUUAUGAUAAUACCGUCUUUAAAGUUGGAUGGGUUAACAAAUCACAUGGGAAAAUUGUCAAGAACCCCAGCGCAAGAUCAGACAGUAAUAGUAAUAAAUCAAUUAAUAGAGAAAGCCGAUUCUACGAUUCUUCAUCAAUAAGCGAGAGCAUACAGGAAAAUAAGGAAUUCAAUGAUUCAAACAGAAGGGCUAGUGUUAUAUCUGAAUCACAAAUGGUUGUACCUGAUUAUAGACUUUAUAGGGCACAAUUGAAAGGUUGUAUCCUAAGUUUAUAUAGAAGUGGCGUAAGUAGCAGCAUAAAAUACUUCGAUCCUACUUUACCAUCACCGACAGAUAUGUCUGAUAAUCAUUUGAGUGAUGAUUCUCCUUCAUCGACGAGACAAUCAUCGCAUGAAGAAAACACUAAAUCUAUACCGAAAAAUAUUUCAAAGACGCCCGUUCAAUUAUCUUAUUUAAGUGAGGUUUACCCUCAUCCUGAUUUGAAACUGAACUCAGAUGGUCAUAUUAUCGGUGGUACUGUUGAAAGUAUAUGCCACUCGAUAUUAUUUUCCAAGAUUGACACAGGAACCAUAAAAUCUGAUGAUCCAAAUAAGCAUAGUUUAAAGGUUCAAAAAAAUAUAAUAAAUCUAUUACUAAUCCUUCCUCUUUUGAAUCAUUUUAUUAAAUUCUUACUGGUCUUUAAUCAAUAUGGAUUAACGUUUACAAGGCAUAGCUCAAAAUUAACAAACUAUUCCUCCCAAUUCCAUAAUGUUUCCCCUAAAGUAGAUGACACAUUAACAGAGAGGUUAGCCUUAGUAGUGAAAACUGUAUUGGAUGUGUUUCCUGGGUUCCUUUUGGAUGACCAAAUAAUUCAAACAACAAUUGCAUUACUUGAAACUAUUUCCUUACAUGAUGAUGAAAUAUCAAAUACAUUGAAAAUUGCAUUAGCAAAUAAACAUAAUGAAUUAAACAAAUUAACAUCAUUCAGCAAGAUGCCAACAGCUGGGAUCCGUUCCACAAAUAAUACUAUUCCAUCAAUAACUGACAAAAAUAUAACAUUAAAUGCCAUAUUGAGAGUUGAUAAAUUCCUUGAUACCGAUAUUAAGACUUUUGCAAGUGAUAUUCAUCAAAUUAAUUUAACAUUUGACAAGAUUUGGGCCCCAAGAUUUGAUUAUUCUUUACUUUAUGAUUCCAAAUAUAUUGAUAGCAGCAUAACAGCAUUAAAUCCACUCGUGUUUAAUAACGAUAAAAACCUGCAUUUCAUAGGCCGAUUGCUCAUAUGCCAUUUAUUCCCAUCCAAUCAAAAGACUUUAAACGCUGAAUUAUCAGCCAAGAUAUUAACGAAAUGGGUACAAAUUGGUUGUCGUUUUGAACAAUUGGGUGAUAUGGUAUCAUGGCUAGCAUUAGCCACAAUUAUUUGUUCCAUUCCAAUACUGCGGCUAUCAUCCGCGUGGCAAUAUGUACCUGAAUCAAUACUGAGAGUCAUUUUCAAAGAAUGGAUCCCUACAAUUGUUCAAUUAGAUAGAAGGCACAUGUCUUCCAAAUCUACAAGUAGUGUAUUCAUUUUAGCACCUCCAAAUUUAGAUGAUCCAUAUAUUCGUUCUAAUGUCAUAUCCUACUUUGGUGAUUUAAUUAUACAUGGAGAUGAUUUGCCAUCAGAUACAAAAUUCAAAUAUUUGGAGAAAAAAAUAAAUCGUACCAAGAAUGCAUUCCAUAAAUGGCAACAAAGAUUGCAAGCGGUGAAUAAUUCUAAAAGUGAGAACUCAAAACUAAAAAGUGGUGAAAAUCAAAACGUUACAACCAUUGAUAGUCCUAUUUACCAAUUUUGGAAAUACCACCUCUCACAACCAGCUCUAAAUAUCAAGAAUUUGAUGGAUCUAAGUUUAAAGUUUGAGCCACCAACAGUGGACCCAAAAAUAUAUGCUACCGUCGGUUCACAAAGAAGUUCAUUGUUGAGUGGUAGUUAUUUACCCAUAUUAUUCAAUGAAUUAUUUCCAAGCUAUUCUCUAUUUCCAAAAAAAUCGUUAAUUGGCGCAGCCGGUGCUUCCACACCGAAGGCUCCACCUCCAAGAUCGUCCGCUCGUUUAUCCAAAAUUACAACAAUUAGCGAGCCAAUGCCCAUUAUAUCCAAUUCUCCAAGAUUAACCACUUCUCAAGAUUUAGAUGAUAAGAAAAUUACAGGUAUUGGCGAUAUAGAUGGUCCCGUAGUUAAAGAAAUGUCAUGCAAACAAUCGAACAAACAAAUCUUAAUGAAAUCCAUUAGAGAUGUAUUGAAUAUUGAUAUGGAUCUCUUUCAUAUAUCUGAGGAUCUGGUCUUUAAAUCUAUUUACGAUUUGGAUGGCAAAUCUAGACCUGUGAGUAUGGUAAUUGAAACACCUAAAAGAUUCUCGCAACAGUCAACUACUCUAUUGUUUCCAAAUACUGGCUCAAACCCAACUUCAAAGGAUUCGACAGAUAGGUUGAGUAAAUCGUUAGAGUCGAUGGAUUUUUUCAGUAAUAUUGGGAAAGUGUCAGAAACAUUUAAAGAAUCAGUUGUGCAUGUAGUCUUAAAGUCAUCUUCAUUGGACAGAAUAUUUGAUCUGUUAGUCCUUACUGCAAAUGUUUUUUCUAAGUUAAUAGAUACCAAGGAUUUGGAAAACUAUUAUUACAGAGAGAUGCAAAGGCAACCCCGUAGCAAUAACGGCGAGACAAACGAGCGGAAUGCAGGUUUACUAGAUUAUGCAUUUGUGAAGCUUACAAUGGAUUCAGAAACAUUUACAGAAACAUUUUUCAACACAUAUAAAAGUUUUACGACCACUGUAGAUGUUUUAGCUAGCUUGGCAAAGAGAUACAUUGGUGCCAAGAGCUGUGCUUAUUCCAUUGAACAAAUAGUGGACACUCAUAGUGAAAAUAAGACGAAUAAUGAAUAUACGUUAGGAUCAUCUCUUUUGGACAGCGAGUUUCCAGUUUGGGAUAAUAAAGUCCAAGAUGAUGCAAAUAUCAAUCUAAUAUAUAUGGCUAAGAUUCAAAUUGGGGCAGCUGAGGCCAUUUUUCAUUUAAUAAAGAAUCAUUAUGCUGAUUUCACCGAUGAUCUAACAUGCAAUACGACUUUUUUGGAUAUCCUCAAGAUUAUGGAACAGGAAGUGACGAUAGAAUGGCCAACAAAGGUGUCAGAGUUGAAAUCAUCCACCGAGUCUUCCGAAGAGCAAAUUGCAGAAAUUGAGUUACACGUUAAAACUUUGUUGAAUCUGUUUGAGGGGAUCAAAUCAUCAUAUCAAAAGCAGGUGUACCGUCCGACAGGUGUAAGUAAAAUCCAGAGAAAGGUUAUAGAUGAAUUGAAAGCAUUUAAUAAUAUAUCUCUUACAGAAUUCAGUAAAACAUUGAAGAGCUCUGAGUUGAAUGAUUCAAUGGUUGCUGACUUCCAAAAAUUGAAAUAUAAUGACUACACUGGAAUCAUGGAAUGGGUUUAUCUUCUUGAUAAGAUAAUUGCAGAAAAAUUAAAACUAGUGACCAAACAUGAAUGGUUUAUCGUCAUUCAGGAAUUAGAGCUUGUCUCCCAUAAAUCUCUUGUUGCAUUUUUCUCCUAUCCAUCCCAUGUUACUUAUAAUAAUCAGAUGAAAGCUGGAUCUUUCCAAUUGAAAGACUUGGAAAUUCAAAGUCUCUUCACGUGGAUUUCGACUUUGACUUUGGACGGCGCAGAUGCUAAUGAUGUAUUGCUUAUGGAAAAAUUACCAAAAUCGGUGCAACUCGUGAUUAAGUUACACAACUCACUUUCAACUUUCUUUGUAACAGAAAUUGCCAGUUUAGAAAAAACAUAUAGAGAGCGUUUACAAACAUGUUCAACUAUAUUGCAAAUUUUAAAUUAUGCUCGUUGGAAAAAUGGCUUUCUUGAUUUAUUCCAAUCUACUCCUGCUGAGGAAAAUGAUUCGAUAUGUCCCCAUAUACCAUCAUUUAUUGAAACCGCUCUAUCUGAAGCCAUAAUGACCCCAGAGUCCAGAUACUUUGAGCAUUCCUGGAAAAUGGCGCAUAGUAUGCUCUGUGCACCUCAUUCUAAUCCAACCUUGAGAAAUGUUACAGAAAUAUUGGAAAACAUAGAUGUCAAACAUCUCAAAUCAUUUGUUGAGCUUGACAGCUCAUUUCUUUCCACAAGAAAAAAUCUCUCUCCAUGUAUAGGAUGGUUUAUUUCCAGACUUCAAGAAAUAUCACAAUUUGUUCCUAAUAUGAGUAUUAGUAAUUCCAAGUUGAUUAACUUUGAUAAAAGAAGAUUUACUAAUAAUAUAAUUGCGAAUGUACUUGAUUUGAUACCGUAUACUGACGGUAAAGAUUUGGAAGUUAAUUUUGGAAAAUCAUUAUUCAAUAAUUACGAAGAUAUAAAUAAAAGCUUCAGAAAGCAUGCUAAGAUCAUCGCGGCUACAGAAUCCAAAAUGAUAAAAUAUCAAGAGGUUGGACUAUUUAAUGAGCUUUUAGUACAGGAGGUUGAGAAAGUUAAAAGAGAACAAAGAAAACUUGAACUUCUUUGUAUUCAAGAGCGUGACACCAAACAUUCAGCUAUUUUACAACAAGUAAUCAAUCGGAAGAACAGAGAUUCAAUCAUAAUCCCAAGUUCACAGAAUAAUUCACAUUUGACAAACUCUUCGACAACAUCACUAAUAUCACAUUCGUCAUCAACUUCAUCGCAUGUAGGUGCCACGUCAAAUAGGAACAAGAGGGUAUCAACCGCAUCGCUGAAUCCCAGGGCGUCAGUGGUACCUACUUCAAAUCAUAAUGGUGUUGGAAAGAAAAUUGGUGGAUUUUUCAGAAGACCAUUUUCCAUUGGAGGAUUUAAUUCAUCUGGUUCAAACUACUCUUUAAAUAACAUCUUGCAACAAGAAGUUCAAAGCAACAAAUCCAUUGUACCUUCGCUCUUACCGGUUAUAGAGUCCAAUGGUUUACAGGAUGUGAAGCCGGUCUUGAGCAUUAAGACGUUUGAAAUUAAAUCAAUUGUAGAAAUAAUGAAUCACCGAAAGAUUCCAGCGUAUUAUUAUUCAUUUAAGAUAAUAAUGCAAGAUGGAUCGGACCAUACUAUUCAAGCAGUAAGUGCAACCGAUUCAAAUGAAUGGAUCAAAAUGAUCAAAGCCUCCAAGAGGUACUCGUUUCAUUCUAAGAAAUUUAAGGGGAAAACACACAAUAAGAUAUUUGGAGUUCCAUUAGAAGAUGUCUGUGAACGUGAAGGAACUGUUAUUCCCACCAUUGUCGUGAAAAUUUUAGAAGAGAUCGAAUUACGUGGCCUUGAUGAAGUUGGUCUUUAUAGAAUUCCCGGAUCUGUUGGGAGUAUAAAUGCUCUAAAGAAUGCUUUCGAUGAAGAGGGUGCUGUUAACAAUACUUUUACUUUGGAAGAUGACAGAUGGUUCGAAGUGAACGCCAUUGCUGGCUGUUUUAAAAUGUAUUUACGAGAGUUGCCUGAUUCUUUAUUUUCUAAUGAAAAGGUUAAAGACUUUACUAAUUUAGCUCUGAGGUUUAAGGCAGGUGAAUUAGAUGUUGAGCAAUACAGAGGCGAAAUGACACAACUUCUAAAUAUGUUACCUGUCUGCUAUUAUCAAACUAUGAAGAGGAUUAUUCAUCAUUUAAACAAGGUACACCAACACGUGAACAAUAACAGGAUGGAUGCAUCUAAUCUUGCCAUUGUAUUUUCAAUGAGUUUUAUUGAUCAAGAAGAUUUGGCUAAUAGUAUGGGAUCCACAUUAGGUGCCAUUCAGACAAUCUUACAACACUUUAUUAAGAAUCCUGGUGAUUUCUUUAUUUAA